UAGUUUUUUUUUAAUUCAAUCCUAAAAAUUACUUCUGAAUACACUCUGUCACUACCAAAAUUUCAGAUCCAACACUCCUCCCUCUGUUUUUCCGCCAUAGCUUAGAGCUCUCCACUUUCUGAAGAACAAUCUCAUUAGAGAAAGCUCAAGCUCAAAACUUUAUCUCCUUCAAUGGCUUCCCUUAACAACAAAUCAUCCAAGAACCAAUUAGUUUCCACUAUGAUCAAACAAGGUUUCAUUUCUAACCCAUAUCUAUCUCCUUCUCCUUCCCCACCUCAUACCUCCACCAACCCACCUUCCCCUAUCCAAAUUCCUACCCGAACCAGUAAUCCUAGCCCGACCCUUUUCGAGAUGAUGUCGGAGGAGCAGACCCGUGACUCCAAACACUCAUUGGAAUCACGACACCGAGCUCACGAGAGAGUUUCGAGGGUUUUGGCUGAUGCUCCGUUUCCGUCGGUGGGUGACGUCAGGCUGACGAUAGCGGCGCGUGAUGGGUUUAAGAUUUCUAUGGAUGUUCACCGGAGAGUUCUUGUAGGACGGAGUAGGUUUUUCGCUGAGAAGCUUCAGAGAAAUGGGUCUCAUUCGGUGGAGAUUCUUGAUUGUGAUGACGUGGAGGUUUAUGUGGAAACAUUGGUGCUUAUGUAUUGUGAUGAUUUGAAGAAGAGAUUGAUGGGUGAGGAUGUUAAUAAGGUCCUGGGAUUGCUUAAGAUAUCUUCAGCAAUUAUGUUUGAUGAUGGAGUAUUGGCUUGUUUGGAGUAUCUGGAGGCUGUUCCUUGGUCCCAACAAGAAGAGGAAAAAGUAGUAUCUCAUCUCAGUCAACUUCAGCUUCCUGAUUCAGCAGCUCAUAUACUUCAGAGACUGGUUGCUGAACCAUCAAUAUCUUCAAGAUCCGAUGAUAUUCUUCAGAGACUACUUACUAGUGUUUUACAUGCCAAGGAUGAUAAAGCCCGCAAGGAGAUGAAAAAAGUGAUAUCUCGUUUGCUAAGAGAAAACACUAGCAAUAGUAGCAGUCAUGAAAGUAACCUUGAUAUCUCUCAGGAUACUCUUUAUCAUUUUUGUCAUAGAUGCCUCACUUCUCUAAUACUUAGCUUGUCUGAAGCUACAUCCGUGGAUGAUAACAGGCAGCAGGAUCGAGGGGUUCUAAUGGGUGAGAUUGCUCGUGAAGCAGACAAUCUGCAGUGGCUAGUCGAUAUCCUAAUCGACAGGAAAAUGGGGGAUGAGUUUGUAAAACUAUGGGCAGAACAAAAAGAACUCUCAAUUCUUCACUCCAAGAUUCCCAUCAUGUAUCGCCAUGAGAUCAGCAAGAUCACUGCACAACUUUGUGUUGCAAUUGGUAGGGGAAAUUUAUUAGUACCAAAAGAUGUUAGAUAUUGUCUGUUAUCAACAUGGCUGGAAAGUCUAUAUGACGAUUUUGGGUGGAUGAAAAGGGCUGGUAGAUCAAUUGACAAGAAGCUGGUUGAAGAAGGACUUGGCCAGACUAUUCUAACACUACCCUUGGCUCAACAACAAACCAUUCUGCUUAACUGGUUCGAUCGAUUCCUUAACAAAGGGGAUGACUGUCCCAAUAUUCAGAGAGCUUUUGAGGUUUGGUGGAGAAGGUCAUUCGUUAAGCAAUACACAGUCGAUUCUCAGUUACAAUUAGCUCUCUUUGAUUAUACAGAGUGAAGAGGAGAGACUGUACAAUAUCAAUCUUGGUUUGUUACAUCCUUCCUAUACACAACAAUGUAUAUAUGAAAUGCAUGCCACAGCCAUUCUUUCAAA